AUGGUGGAUGCCUCAUGUGGAGGCACAUUUAUGCUUAAGAAUGAGAAUCAGGGGUGGGACUUGUUUGGGCAGUUAGCGGAGAAUUCACGACACCGAGCCUCAUCAUCCCGCACAAAUAGGACAGCUUCUACUGCAUUCAAACAGAGUGGCCUUCAUGAGGUGGGCCGCUCUGAUGAUCUUUCCUAUAAGGUAGAUGCAUUGACCCGCAAGUUUGACACUUUCUUAUCUUUGGGUCAUGGUCCUUCACAUUCUUCACCUCCUGCUGCUGUUGCGGAGGUAUGUCAGUUGUGCUCCAGUCCAUGCCAUCAAAUAAAUGAGUGCCACAUGGCAUCUCAAUUUCCAGAAUUUCUUCAAGAGCACGUGAAUGCGGCCCAGGGGUUUGGUAGGCCAGCAAAUGACCCAUAUUCUCAUACUUACAACCCCGGCUGGAAGAAUCAUCCCAACUUUGGAUGGCGACAGCCAGACCAUGGGCAACCAUUUGCCCAACCUAUGAGGCCUUCAUUUCCUAAUACUUCCAACACACAGGCUUAUUGUCCACCACCUGCACCACACCAGUACCAACAACCUCCUGCUCCUACUACGUCCUCUCAAAGGACACCAGCUUUUGAGGAGCAAAUGUUGAAGGCCAUGGCUGAAAUGAGAGCCGAUUGCCAACAAAUGAAAGCUGACUCCCAAUUGCUUUACUCCCAUUCUCAAUCCAUUGCCAAGAUGGAAACCCAAGUGGGUCAGCUAGCUAAUGCUCUUAACCAUCGGGAUGAAGGUAGAUUACCAAGUCAGCCAGUGGCCAACCCACGAGGGAUGCACCAUAUUGACAAUUCGCAAGGUCACGAACAAGCAAAAUUAGUUGUCACCCUCAGAAAUGGGAGAGACGUAGAGACUCGACCGGAGGAGGUCAAAGCGAAGGAGAAAGUGUCUCCACCUGUCGCUGAGAGGUCUAAGGUUGAUAAGAGGUCUAAGGAGAAGGAGACCGAUCCAGUGUCCACAAUUGUUCCGGGGUUAUCUGAGACCCCAUCUUAUAUUCCUAAGGCACCUUUCCCGACUUGCCUUAAUGCACCUUCACCCUUUCACAAAAAGGGGGCAAAACAAGAAGAUAUGAUGGACGUGUUCAAACAAGUAAAAAUCAACCUCCCUCUCUUAGAGGCAAUUAGUCAAGUUCCAGCUUAUGCUAAAUUUUUGAAAGACCUUUGUACCCAAAAGCGUAAGUCUAAGACACAUGAGCCUAAGGAGGUGCGUCUCACUGAGCAGGUGAGCUCCAUUCUUACACGUAACACACCCAUUAAGCAAAAGGAUCCUGGUGUUCCUAUUAUUUCUUGUGUUAUUGGAGAUCAUGUCAUUGAUAAAGCACUCCUCGAUUUAGGGGCCAGUGUUAAUUUGCUCCCAUACUCGGUAUAUGAACAACUUGGGCUGGGAGAGUUGAAACCCACGUCGAUUACGUUGCAAUUAGCUGAUAGAUCCAUUAAGGUGCCGCGUGGUGUGAUCGAGGAUGUCCUUGUCAAGGUAGAUAAGUUUUACUUUCCUGUUGAUUUUAUAGUUCUUGACAUGGAACCAGUCCAUAAUCCCAACAAACAGAUUCCUCUCAUCCUUGGUCGACCUUUCUUGGCUACAGCCAAUGCAUCUAUUCACUGUAGGACUGGAGUGAUGGAUGUAUCAUUUGGAAAUAUGAGGGUGCAAUUGAAUGUUUUCGAUGCCAAUCUCUAUCCUUGUAAAGAGAAAGACUGCUUCGCAGUCAGUGAGAGUGAUUAUAUGGUUGAUAAGGUGCCUCCAGACAUUCGAGUUAAGGGUCCCAUAGAAAUGCCUCUUGUGCAUGUAGGAUUGGAUAGUGGUAACAUUGAAAUGAGUCAUGGUUCUCUUAAUUCGAAGAACCCCAUAAAUGAACCUCCAUGGAGUGACCCAUACAUUGAGCCUUGGCCCAUACUUCUUAGUUCUUCCACUUCCCCUCUUAUAGAGGGUGCACCGAGACAAGAGUGGAAACCACCACCAUAUGCAUGCUUGGGCCCGGGUAAUAUUUUUUCUGGUGAUUGA